AUGGAGAAGCACUCCAGUUCCUCUACAAGUGACCUCUCCAACUAUGACCAUACUUAUCUGAGACAUCUCACAUCUCCUCAAGGCAACAGCCCACAUUCCAACGAGAGAAAGAGCACCCACAGCAACAAACCAUAUUCUAAUCACCACAACCUCAAACUCCCUCAGGCUCCAGCCUGGCAAGUGGAAGAUAGAUCUUCCAGGCCCUCAGAGCCCUGGGAGGCAGACUUCCAGGAAGACCACAAUGUCAACCUCCAGAGGAAGCAGGAGAGAGAAGGCCUAGGCCAGAGCCUGUCAAGAAACUUUGGCAAGACCAAGUCAGCCUUCUCAUCUCUCCAGAACAUUCCAGAAAGUCUAAGAAGGCAAAGCAGCCUGGAGCUAGGAGGAGGAUCUCAGGAAGGCUACCCAGAUGGCAAACCAGCCUCUAUAGUCAACACCAAGGAUGAGGACCCUGGAAGGAAAGUCGGUCUUGACCACAGGAGCCAUCUGGACAGGCCAGUUUCCUAUCCAAGACCCGAGGGGAGAACUAGCGUUUCGGCCUCUUUCCACAGUUCAGAACCAAGGUACGAAGAGCCCUUUUCCCCACCGUACCAGCACACAUCCAGUCUGGGCCCAAGGAGGCUCAACUCUGGCAUCACCUCGGCUCUGCAGGGCUUUCCGUACAGGAAGCCCCACAGUUCAGUGCUGGAGAAGGUUUCCAGAAUUGAGCAGCGGGAGCAAGGGAGCCAGAAAUCCUCAAGUGUAGGUUGCUCCAGUUAUGGCCAUACCUAUAGGCCCAACAGGACGGUCUCAACUUCCAGUAUUUCUGAGAAUGAAUUUGAGGAGGCAAGAGCCAAUAUCCGUUUUUCUGAAUCCAUUGAGCCUCUAGGCAGUAAGGAGCAGCACUUCAAAAACGGAGAGUCAAAGUCGGAAGAGGUUUUCUGGCAGCCAUGCGGGCAGCAGCUGAGGAGAGGUGCAGAUGGUGGCCGGGGCCCCCAACUCCGACGAGGUGAGCCCCCUAGGCGGGAUGCUCGCCUCCUCCGCAGCCAGAGCACCUUCCAGCUCUUAAGCGAGGCCGAGAAGGCGCCUGUUUGGCCAGAUGACAGACCUACCACUCCCGAGUCGCCCCUGCUGGACGCCCCCUUCAGCCGCGCCUACCGGAACAGCAUCAAGAACGCACAGUCCCGCGUCCUGGGGGCCACCUCCUUUCGUCGGAGGGACCUCGAACUGGGGGCGCCAGGGGCAUCCAGGCCCUGGCGACCCAGGCCCGCCUCGGCCCACACUGGGCUGCGGAGUCCCGAGGCGCCAUUGGUGGCCUCCCCCUACCCACACACGCCCCGUGAGCGGCACAGCGUGACCCCGGCCGAGGGUGAACCGGCCCAACCAGCGCCUCCUACUGCUCGGAGAGGGGCACGUCGGCGCCUGAACCCCGAGCAGAAGAAAAACUGCUUCAUCAUCUUCUGA